AUGGCGCAGGCAAAUCCAAGUUACACACCAGACGAAAGGAGUAGGGGCGUACGAUUAAACAAACGAAUCGAUUACGAUCAGGAGCUCAUCCAUGGUAUCAUCAACGAGACACCAAUCCUUCACGUCUCCUUCAAUGCACCCGUAAAGUCCGGGCCACAAUUUCCGACCAUUUUACCCAUGCUAGGUGUUGUCAGCACUUAUAAUGACGAAGAACAUCCAUCGGUCUAUCUGCAUGGCUCGGGGGUCGCGCGACUCUUCAGGAUCACGGCGAACGAUGAGGUACCGCUGACAGUGUGCGGGUCACUUCUGGAUGGCUACGUUCUCGCUCUUGCUCCUUUCCAUAACAGCUGUAAUUAUCGGUCGGCAGUUGUUUUUGGCUAUGGCAGUGUCGUGACUAACGAGGAUGAAAUCAACUUCGCCUUGCGUGCGAUUGUCAACAACUCCAAUCCGAACCGAUGGGAAAACAGCCGCAGUCCACCAACGAAGGCAGAGCUCAAUGCCACUGGAGUUCUCAAAGUGCGGAUCGAGACUGCGUCUGCGAAGGUCCGGACGGGAGGACCGCACGAUGACAAAGCCGAUUUGAGCAAUUCCACAUUGACUUCCAGUUGCUGGACUGGCGUGAUACCGACUUAUCAAGUCCUGGGCGAACCCGUUGCGGACGAGGUCAGUCAGGUGAAAGCUGUUCCAGAAUAUAUAUCGGAUUGGGUGGCGGAUACGAAUGCGAUGAACGAACAAAGAGCCAUUGAUGCGCUGGACGGUUAG